AUGGUCAAUGAGUUGCUGAUAAUUGUACUCCUGUGUCUCAUGGUUUGGGGCUAUUGGAGAAAUCAUGGAGCGGAUGAUGCCUAUCCUCCAGGACCACCAACUAUCCCAGUUUUGGGAAACUUAUGGACACUCAGAUUUCAGCUUCACCAUGACACAUUUAUUCAGCUGUCUCGGGUAUACGGGGAUGUGUACACUGUUUGGUUGGGACAUAUCCCAGUCAUUGUGUUAAAUGGAUACAGAGCAGUCAAAGAGGUUCUCAGUUCCCAUAAUGAGGACUACAUCGGGCGUCCUGUGUUUCCACUUUUUAUGGAUUUAAUGGGUGAAAAAGGAAUUGUUCUGACAUCUGGGCAUACAUGGAAACAGCAAAGACGUUUUGGGCAAGUGGUCUUUCGGAACCUGGGCCUGGGGAAGGGGAACAUGGAGAUGGGGAUACAGGAAGAGGCGCAAAGUUUGCUGACACUGUUUGCUACACAGGAAGGAGCCCCCAUGGAUCCCUCACCUUGGAUCAUGCACUCUGUCUCCAAUGUUAUAUCGGCGUUGGUCUUUGGGAAGAGAUUUCCUCUGGAGAACAAAGCUUUCCAGGAGCUGCACAAAGCAACAGAACUUGUGGUGGCUGCUCCAGGCACCUUUUGGGCCAGGAUCUAUGACCUGGUCCCCAACAUAAUGCGUCACCUUCCAGGACCCCACCAAAGGGCGUUCCAUUAUUUCCACACUAUGUGUUCGUUCAUCCAGAGUGAGGUCCAAGGACAUCAUGAAAUGCUGAGAAAUGGGUCUAGAGGACCAGGCCAAGAGAGGAAUGUCAUAGAUUACUAUUUGACCCAGAUCUCCAAGACUCAAGGUGACCCAAACUCCACAUACAAUGAAGAAAACCUGGUCCAUCUUGUGGCAGAUUUGUUUAUGACUGGCACGGAAACAGUGACAACAACUUUACGUUGGGCAAUUCUCUAUAUGAUGGUGUUUCCAGAAAUUCAGGGUAAGGUGCAGCUGGAGCUGGAUACUGUCCUGGAACCCUCCCAUGUGAUUGCAUAUGAAGACCGGAAGCGAUUGCCAUACACUAAUGCCGUGAUCCAUGAAAUUCAACGAUUUGGUAACAUUGUCUCUGUUGGAGUUGUGAGAAAGUGCAUGAAGGAAACAAAGCUAGGCAGGUUCAAGGUACCCCAGGGAACUAUCAUUCUUCCAAAUCUGUCUUCUGUCCUGUAUGACCCCGAGCAAUGGAAGACCCCCCGAGAAUUUAACCCUCAACACUUCCUGGAUGAAAACGGGACAUUUGUGACCAAGGAGGCCUUCUUGCCAUUCUCUGCAGGGCAUCGUGGGUGCUUGGGGGAACAGCUGGCCAGGACAGAACUUUUCAUCUUUUUCUCCAACCUACUGCAGAGGUUCAGCUUUCAUGUUCCUGAAGGAGACUCAGAUGUCAGACUGGACUGUGUUCAAUCUGCCACUCUGCAGCCUUACCCAUAUCGGGUCUGUGCUGUGUUACGUUAG